AUGACAAAAAACAUGGAUACAUCAGCGGGCCUGGUAAUUUUCUGCGUUCUUCUAAGCAUCAUUUCCGGCAUAGAUGGCGCCUGUACAUAUCCAACAAACUUCGUGGAUGGUUCCUUCUUUACUACAAGUGGGGAAACUCUUAACUUCACCAGUACGACAAUGGCCAAACUGGCAGUGUAUACUUUCGGUUCAUUUACAUUUACCUGUGACAUAAGUAGUGGGAACCAAUAUGUCAGCAAAUCAGAGGUGUUCAAUAGAUUCGGUCUUCCUUUUGAAGCCUUUAUAUGUAUGGAUUUGACCUCAAUAUCUUCAAAUCAAUACACAUUUUAUCAACCAACAACCGAACUCUCUGAUGCCGGAAAUACGAGGAUUAAGAUCUUUCUACAAGGGAAGACUAUAAGCUCCGUAUCUGAAGUAUGCGAUGUCACUGAUUAUACUAAUUUGACGAGUGUUUACAUGAUAAAAGAUGGUACCAUUGACACAGAAAAGAUCGCAUGUCCAUCUGAUAUGCAGGGAUACUUCUCAUAUUCAUAUGACGCCGGAAGUGGAAAUGUUUGUACCGGAAGUACAUAUCUUGAUACCUGUACCGAUACCACACUCAUGGAUUUUAACCUCACACUUUGUACGCAGAUCCAGGCCUACUCAGCUGGAGGCCAGGUAAACUGUUUAAGCUACACUACGAGUGGAGACUAUACCAAUCUUAUCGUCUAUAACAGAGACGCCACUGUCGACCAAAGUACCACUUAUCGAUUAUCAUGCUACGUGAUGUCCACAAACUCGACAACCGUUUAUGCCACUCAGUACCCCAAUGGUUGCUACAGUGAUCAAACAUCAACGUCGGUCAAUUCGCCAGGCGCAACUGUUGUCUUUACACAGACAGGCACUUGCCCCGUGACUACCACAACCGAAGCAACAACUACAAGUACAGCAUCAACAGGAAUCAUAGUAGGGGUCGUAAUUCUCAUCUUAGCUCUCCUCCUCAUACUCUUAUUUGCUCUCUGGUUCUGUUGGAAGAAGAAGAAGGAGGAAGAAGAAGCAAAACGAAGGAAAGAGCUUGAAGACCUAGAAGACGGGUUAUCAGACGGUUUGCCGGAUGAAUCGAAAUACGAUAUUGAUCGACUUAUGUAUACGCCAGAUCAGCUCCUGACACCUUCUAACGUCCAUCCUAAAGUCACGGGCAAAAUUCUGGACAGGGAUAACUUUGAAGGAUUCGGUGAUGAUGAGUAUAUGGAUGAAUUUGGAUGGCAGGAUAUGAUUGAUGCAAAAGACUUCAUGAAUAUUCGUAAAAGAAAGGACGGGAAGGAUGAGUUCGAAGUAGGAGACCCUAAGGACAAAUCCAGUAAGAAAAAAUUGAAAGAUUUGAUGAAGUCGAAGAAAAAGAAGAAAAAGAAAGGAAAGAAAAAGAAGAAAAAGAAGGGAGAUAAAAAGCAGUAUGAGACCGAUGAUGAGUAUGAGGAUAUCGAAGACGAUGAAGACGAAGGAAACGUUAAAAACAAACGCGAAUUGACCAUCUAUCUUGAUGGCGCACAAGAAGAGAUGGACGAUGAUUCUCCGAAUGACAGUAGAAGAAGAGCACGAUUUCAAGAGACGGAUGACGAGAAAGUUCGACGAAAAAGGAAGCAGAAAAAAGACAUUGAUGACGUAGAGACCGUUAGUGACAUCAUAUCUUGCGAUAUGAUGAUAGGGGAUUUGGAUACGGAAAAGAGCCUUGAAAAUGAAGUACCUCGGUUGGUUCUGCCAAAUUUAAGAGAUUCCGGUGUCGAAGAAGAAACUGAAAAGAAAAAACGGAAGAGGACGAAAGCCAAACGAAGCGAGCAACCAAUGUCCUUCAAAUCAUUCCGUAAAAGGAAAGUGAAUGCCUGGCUAGAUAAAACACAGCCUGCUUUUGAUGGUGAUCCUAUUCCCAUGUUUUAUGAGGAACCUAAACUAAAGACAUUACCUCCCCUACAACGGGUCAAUAGGAAAAAACAGCCGGUUUUAUGGUCAGAUAUCCUGAAGAAAUUUGGAGGAGACGUAAAAGAACUCAAUGAAUUUAAGAAUAAACGCAAUAUGUCUGAAAAUCGAUGGAGAAAACUUCUUGAGGAACUUUAUACAGACAAGAAAUACUUCGACUACGUCAAUAAAACUUCCAGAGGGAAAGAUGUUGAGGACGAUCUGAAGUCUCAAGCGAAGGAUGGAUUAGAUUACCUUUAUGAUCGUGCAACGUUUUGGGAAGAGCAGCAACCGAUUCCUCCAAGACCCGUGUCACUUGUUCCACCUCUUAAUUUAAAAAGUGCAAGGUCCCCAAAGGGCAAGAAGAAAAAGGGGAUGAAACGUGCUCCUCCAACGCCAAUGACACAAGUCAGAUUAGAUGCAAUGGACGAAUUUCAAAAACCUCCAAGAGAGACGACAUUUUGA